AUGGAUGAGCCUCCGCGCGACCGCCUCAUCGCUGAAGAGGAGGCAAAGCCGAGCGGUGAGGUGGAGGAGAUCAUUUCCAUCCCAAGCUCCACCCUCGUCGAGUUCAACCCAAGAAGCGACAUCAUACGAAGUGAACUACUACACGUAGUCGCGGGCUGGCUGAUAGAACAAGGACUGACCUCCUCCGUCCAAAUUCUUCGUGAUGAGGCGGCAGCGCUUCUGCGUCAAGAGCACAAUGAGCGAAAAGCCCUUCACACCAUUUCUCGCGCCAUACAUGAAGGUAAUUGGGACACCGCCCAUGCGCAGCUGAAAAAGCUGGAGUCCACAACAAACCCGGCUGGGGCAGUCAAAAACGAGGCACCGUCGCGUAUCACCUCACUGCUUCAGUUGCUGCCGUUUUUGCUCGUCCAACAGCAAUUUAUGGAGUACGUUGAAGAAGGUGGGCAGCGGGCCCAUGUAUUUUUUAUGAGGAGAAUUAAGCCUUUAGAAGGAACGAUAAGCAAAGACCACUUUCAACAGUUGGUUUACCUGCUGACUUGCCGAAAUGUAUCGGAGGCUGGAAGCAUGUUUCCAGCUUGGCGUGGUUGGAAUCCUGCGAUAGGACGCUCGCAGCUUCAGUCCCUCAUAUCGAAAUUCAUCGGCUAUUGCGACAGCAGCCCAUAUUGCCGCCAAUGCGAGGGUAAUUUUGAUACUGGGCCCCAUAUUGCGUUCAAGGGUCUGGAGCAAAUUUUGGCAAAUUCCCUCUCGUAUGAGCUUCUAAAGUCUCAACAUCCUUCGCGGCUGCGUGGGCUCGCAACGCAUCAUGUGCACUCUAUUCUUCAGCCAUUGGGGGACCAACUUAUCCCAUCCAACCUCAUUGCCUCGAUUGAUAUCAACAGGAUUAGUUGCGGCAGUGGUGCAGGCGCCGGAAAGGGUGUGCGUUUGACGGCGUGCCAACCAUUUCUUCAAAUACCUGCUGUUGUUGUAGGUACAUAUGCGGGAGCUAUUUUGUGGGUGCAGUUGGAACAAAAAGACUUGUCUCUAACUGGAGCAUCUUGUGAGGCGUGUCUUAAAUUGUACCAAUAUGAUGCUCCAGUGAGAGGUAUGGCAAGCCAUGACCGUCAAAUACUCCUCUCAUGGAGCGCAUGUCAGGCCGUUGUUCUCAAUUUAGGACGUAUUAUGGGGAAAACGACAGAUGUCUUGGACACAUCCGAGUGGCUGAUGGAUUGUGUGGCCAACACAUUUGCUCACACAGCAGAGGUUUACUCGUCCUGCCUGUUUCCAUCUGGAUUUAUUCUUGCAACUGGAUUGUCAGAGGGGACAGUUACCAUUUGGGACAUGUUAACAGGGGCCAAAAUGUUUCAGCGCAGCUUCAGCUCAUCCGCAAUUGAGUCACUUACCGCGAAUCGAUCUGGAACCUGCUAUUUUGCGGCCUCAAAAGAAGGCCUUGUUCGCGUCGUUGACGUUACUACUGGGGUUCUCUUGUUUACCUUGGCCUCACCUGUGGCGAGUGAGAUCUCAUCCAUAGCGCUUUCUCCCUCAGCGUCCUUACUGCUUGUGUCAUACCGAAGCGGCAUACUUCGGCUGUGGGACGUGCUAACUGGGGAGAUUCUUCCUCAGCGAUUUGAAGGCGUUGAAAGCCAUACACGCAAAGGUAGCAGUGUCACCUUCGGAUGCGUUGACUCACACAUUAUCAGCGGACACAACGAAGGUUAUCUCUACAUUUGGGACACAGGUCCCGCACAGCUAAGAGAGCCCUGCUUUCUUGUAAAUUCCACGGCGUCGAACGGAACACCAGAGAGCUCCCAGAGGGAGACGGCGGGGCCGCAAUCAUCGUCCGUCCCUGGCCGAUAUUACUGGCCUGUGGGAGAAGCCGUGCCCCCGCCGAUACGCACCAAACUCCAUCGCUCUUCCAUCAAUGAUGUAAAAUUUCAACAUCACUACGUUCUGACGUGCGGUGAUGAUGGAACUGUUUGCAUCUGCAGCGGUGUCUUGAGCCCUCCAAGAUGA